AUGGGGUUGCAAGCCGCCUUCCAGCAGGUGGAACUCCCCUAUGUUUCCCGCUGGAUGAACGAUGACAUUCGACCCAUUGAGGCUCAAAGACGUACCUGGGGCUUCUUGACGUUUCACAACUUUUGGCUCUUGGUCAACUGCAAUAUCACCACCUACUUGACUGGCAGUGCCCUCAUCCCUCUAGGUCUAGCUUGGUGGCAGGCCUUCAUAUGUAUCAUUCUUGGCAAUCUUAUUGCCACCGCCGUCGUGAUUAUCAACUCACUUCCGGGCAGCUACUAUCAUAUUGGCUUUCCUGUGUUCAGUCGAGCGGUAUGGGGUAUGUGGGGAUCACAAUUCGUCAUCUGGAAUCGCAUCUUUCUGUCCCUUGGUAAGUUUCCCUACUCGCAAUACAACCACUCUGGUUCGUAUGGUUUCACUGCCUGGGUGGGAGGAGAGUGCAUCUACGUGAUCCUUCUUUCCUGGGACCCAAGGCUUGAAUCCCACAUUCCCAAUGGCAUGCCAGCAGACACGGGUAUGACAACUGCGCAAUUUGUCUCGUACAUCAUCUUCAGCGUCAUUUCUCUCCCAGUAAUCUGGAUCCGCCCGCACCGUCUCGAGAAAUUCUUCCACUUUGCCUGCUCCAUCACUCUUGUCUUUUUCAUCGUACUCCUUAUCUGGGCUCUCGCAACUAUGGGAUCCUCGGGCUUCGGAGAUACCAUUACCUCAGGAUCUGCCCUAACUAACACAGGAGGACCAGACAGUGUGGCUUGGUUGAUGAUCUACGGCAUCGUCUCAACAAUCGGUUCCAUCGCGGCGGGCAUUCUGAACCAGAACGACUAUUCUCGGUUCGCUACACAACCUAAGCAUGCCAUCGUAGGCCAAGCUAUCUCGUUCCCUUUCUAUAGUAUCUUCAGCUCUCUGAUCGGCAUCCUCGUCACUGCAGCGACCCAGGAGCGAUUUGGUGGCGAGGCCAUCUGGAACCCGCCUACGCUCUUUGCUCAGCUGCUGGCCCAGGACGAAACAGCCGGAACGAGGGCAGCAUGCUUCUUUGCGGGUCUCUGUCUCGUUAUAUCCCAGAUCGGAGUCAAUGUCCCUGGAAACGCGCUUGCUGGCGGCUUUGACCUGGCUGCGACAUUUCCCAAGUACCUGAACAUCCGUCGUGGCGCUUACAUCACCGCGAUUUUCAGCGUCGUCGUCAACCCGUGGCGUCUCGUCAACACUGCAACAAUCUUCCUCACUGUCCUUUCAAGUUAUAGUGUCUUCUUGGCUCCGAUGACAGGAUUGAUGAUAUCUAGCUACUUGAUUGUUAAUAAGAGCAAGGUGAACGUGGACCACUUGUACCGCGGCGAUUCGGGGAGCAUCUACUGGUUCUCCUACGGUUUCAACUGGCGAGCCCCAGUGGCAUGGCUUGUUGGUGUUGUGCCCUGCAUGCCAGGCUUCAUCGCCGCCGUCGACACGUCCGCAACUGUUAGUGAGGGCGCCACGGAGCUGUACUCCAUGUCGUAUAUCUAUGGGCUUCUUUCGAGCGGCUUGGUGUACGCGUUACUGCAUUGGCUUUUCCCGGCGAGAAGUCUGAAUGCCUUUGUCAAAGAUGCGCCCUCAGCGCGUGAACUUCAAGGAAUACAACAGAGCAAGUGGGACGUGACGCUGGCCGAAACUCCUGAACUUCUUGAAAUGCUUUCUGGGCCUGGAGCCAAGACAGCAAACUCCGCCACACCCUUCAAAGAAGAUGUAUAG